AUGAGUGACCAAAAUCCCUCCACCGCGCCUGUCACCAUCGUGGUCGAGCACCUAGACCCCGAACUAGGUGCCUGGUCUGCUCUGGAGUAUGGCUGCAUUGCCCGAGAGUCCCAUUCAGGAGGCAGUAAAUUUCUCCUGAGCUCAGUCCCUACCUCGUUGCAAAUGCCGGACGAUCUAGCCGCUACCGAUGGCCUUGGAGUUGAGCAUCGCAGCAUCGAAGAGGUCUUUGCAGACCGAAAAUCUAAGGUCUGCCUCUUGGAUCCCUCUGCCAAGGUUGAGCUUAGUCCCGCUGAUGGGGACAACUUUGAAGUUUUCCUCUUUGGAGGAAUAUUAGGUGCGAAUCCCCUAGAAGACCGCGAUGUGAUGACCCUCCACGAGGUAGGUUAUAUUCAAAUCCCAGCAGGAACACCUACCACUGACGAGUUGACUCCAGAUCGUACCUCUGAGCUUAGGAAAAAAGGGUAUGAAGGGCGGCGACUUGGGCCCGUACAGAUGACAACUGAUACGGCGGUACGAGUUACGCGCAUGGUUGUCCAUGACAGAGUUCCUCUAGAGGAGAUUCCAUACAUUGACCACCCAGAAAUUGUGAUCAAUGAGCACGAGCGGACUGAGAUGCCGUUUCGCUAUGUAAAAGACAGUGAUGGCAAGCCCAUCAUGCCCAAGGGAAUGUCAGAACUGAUAAAAAAGGACGCUGACCAAGGUAUCGAGGAUCUUUUCUAGCCCUCUGCGCGGAUUAAAGGCGAUGGGUGAUUUUACUGUACCGGACAUAAGCACAAAUGCCGCACGGAUAAGGACAGCAUAUGCUCAAUAAACCCAGAAUAAGAACCACACUGUACGAAUGCCUUCAAGAUUCUUGCUUGCUUAUUGAGCCUCGAAUGCGGAAAGUAUCCCGGCUGUGACGCCUUCCGUACGGUAAAAUACAUAAUCGCCACCCAGCGUGGAACUCGAUAAAGUAAGGAUCAGUAAGAUGCUUACGAAUGGCCACGCUGCCCUUCAGUUUCACCAUCGUCACACCCUCGACAGACCACCCUUUUUACUUCAGAGCUCCCCCUCUUGAUUCUCUCUUUAACGCUCUCAGUUUUA